CCGAAAUAGUACUAAUCGACUUACCGCCACUGCCAAGCGCACAGCAAGGAGUGGACACGAUACAACAACAGGUGCCGCUUCUCAUCAUGUAUGCUUCCCGUGGAGACGAGCAUGUAGCUGCGCGGAAGGAAUGGUUUUUCCGGCGCCUUCUGAGCUCGGACGUGCGCCAGCGCGCCGCGUCGAUUCAAAAGAUCCGCGUCGAGUUGCUCGAGAUGGAGCCGCAUGUGCUCGACGUCCAUGUGCCGAGUCUGCGCCGUCUGGCGCGCGAUGCGCCGCUCCCGGACGUCCGCGCCGGCUGCCUUGACAUCCUCGACGAACUCAACACCCCCCACGACGCGCACGACGACACGCCCGUGUCCUACUACAUGGACGAGCGGGAGAUUGUCGACGUGACUGCCACGCACGACCCCGACGUUGCCGCGAUCUUUGUCAAGUGCUUCCUCCAGUCCGGCCGUGUCUCCCAUCUCACCCGCAUGUUGGCAUGGCACACCUCAUACCUCAAGCUCCAUCGAGGCUUGAUCACAUCCAUCAUGCUCAGCGAUGGCCCUCUGCCUUUGGAAUGGCGCAACUACAUUGCACUCAUGGCCGCGUCCGAGUACCGGUGCCAUUACGUGAGCAUUUUGCAUCAGCAUUACUUUCUCAUCAACGGCGGCGACGCCACGUGGCUUGAUGGUUUGGAUUAUGUGCCAUCGAAACUUGCGCGCCUGCACAGUUUGAACGCGUUGCUGGCCCACCAGCCAUGGCUCGUCACUUCCGACGACGUCGCGUCCUUGCUGCAGACGACCACCGACCGCGACGGAGGGUCGUCGUCGUCGUGGUCCGUGUCUGAGCUAGUGCAUGCGAUCAUUGUUAUGUGCAUGUUUCACUCCAUGUCGAGCAUUGCGCUGGGUCUGGGCUGUGUGGACGAGGCAGAUUUGACGCUUCUCUCAAGCUCAGCCAUGUUUGUGCCGACGAUGCGCAGUCGGCGGAAGAGCAGCAACCUCAGCGACCGCAGGAGCGAGUGCAGCAGCACGGGGGGGCCCGAAUACGACGUGGCGCGGAUGGAAGUGGAGGAAGCCGAGCUCCGGGCUCGCCUCGAGGUGGUUCCCCCAGGAUCUGGUGACGACGAUGGUGACGACGACGAUAGCAGCUGCAGCAGCAUCAGCAGUGGGGACGACGAAAGCCUAGAGAUGGACGGGGAAGCUCCGUUUGACUUGGCCGCAGCCCCCUUGUCUGGACAUGGCGGCGGACGGCAAAGUGCCCAUCAUCGUCGACUACGGCAAAGUACCCAUCAUCGCAGUCGCGGCGACUCGAUGGAGACGGUCGUGCCGCUCAAGGGCGACAUGUGGCGAUACUGCAGCGAAACCAUUGACGAGUAUGUGGAUUUCGACGUGCGGUCGGCAGAGUACAACGUGCUGCACACGGAGGACUUCUCCUGGGACGAGCACUGCUUUUCACUGGUCAGUCGAUACUUUCCUGGCCCGGGGGGAGCCAUCUUGGAGGACUUGUUCAAACUCACAAUGAAGUUGACGUACCGCACGUAUGGUCAAGAUCAGGCUAGUAAUACUACUACUACAAGUCGUGCUGCCAACCACCAUCCAAAUCAGGAAGAAGACGGCCAGGAGACAGCGGACAAAGCCGCCGCCGCCAAUCAAGAAGACGAUGACGAAAAGAAGUCCGAGGUCGACACGACGCCGUUCCGCCAUGCGAUAUGGUACUAUGUGCACCGUAUCUACGGCAUCUGCCACGACGACUACGAUUACCGCAACGUCAACAUCUACCUCAACCGGCCGACCAAACAUUUUGUGAAAAAAGUUGCGUGCACUCCAUGGCGGGUUACGGUGAAAGACUUUGAGCAUUUCAGCCACACGCUGACUGCGUCUGAGAAGUGCCACGUCACGCUGUUGGCCGCAGAGGCGCGCAAGCAAGCCGGACUCAUGUAUGGCCUCCGUGCAGUCAUGCAACAUUUCUUGUGAGUGUGCAACAUUUCUUGUGAGUUAGAUUCGUAUUUAAAAACUCGAAGAACGUCGUCGACCUGUCACACAAAUAUGUUUGCCA